GAGGGAGAGGGCACGUGAUAUGUGAUGGAACGAACCGCUGGGGGUCUGCAUAUGACGAGUAGUCCCAGUUUAGCUUUCAGCAGUGAAUCGAAUGACGAGUGUAUAUAUCUGUGCAAUUGCGCUGUAAUUUGCUGAAGUUAAUGGUGUCCAUUCAGCUGCAGAGAAGAAUGAGAAGGCCCUACAGAGACUAGCACCCAAAGCAUAAUGCUCCUUUUUGUUCAGCCUAUAACCUUUACCAGGUACCACAUGUGUUAUGCUUCAUACUUAUCUACUUCUCCUAAACUGCUCCUCCCUCCAGCGUGUAAACACAGGCAGUGUGACUAGAGAAGGUGCAGAAGUUCAGCCCAGCCCGAAAGCGUGAUACGUGUGCUGAACGUGGAGGAAUAUAUUACAGUCCUUGAAGGAUGGUACUGAACCUGGAAUUGGUGCCACCGUGAGUGAAUGUAAUGGUGACCAAGCCUACCUAAUGUUGCAAGCUUCGCCAGUCGGGAAAUGAAACAGUCAAGAUAAUAAUGCGAGUGUUGGUGCUACUGUGCUUGGCAUUGUUGCGCAGCGAAGCCCUCGAGCUUUGUGAUACUGCGGGACCCUGUUCUUGCGACCGUUCAUGGGGAAAAUUGAACUGCUACUGCACCUCUACAGAAAAAAAGGAGCUGGUCUUGAGCCCAUCUGUAGUGCCUAAGGGUACAGCCCACAUAAGGAUACAGAACUGUUACAGAGUUCAUGUUUUGCCACACACUUGGGUACACCACCGUGAGAUGCGACGUGUGGAAUUCGUCAACAUAGAAGAACUUAUUAUUGAAAGCAAUGCAUUCAGCUGGAACGAAACACUUGCACUGGAACCGUUUCCUCAGCCAGGCUUGGUUGUCAGUACUGUCAACUCAAGCAUUCCUGAAAUACCAAGUUAUACUUUCAAUGGCCGUAUUACAGGCAUCACUUUCCACAAUGUUAGUAUUGGAACAAUACGUGCAUUUGCUUUUGCUAGUCUUUACAACACCGAAAAAGUGGAGUUGUCAGAAUGUGUUGUAACAACCUUUGAAGCGCAGGCUUUCAAGAAGUUUUCUUUAGAGAAACUUCACAUCAUUGGUGGACACUUCCGUGACAGCGUGCCAAGUAGGACCUGGGUAGAUCUUGAAGUGGAUAAUGAACUCUUAAUUGAAAGAGUCACCAUUGAGAGUAUUCACAGUUCUGCAUUCAUCGUUCAUGGUCCUAAAACCUUUCGCCUAUAUGGAAAUUAUUUUGGUAAUGUGGAAGGAGAAGCUUUUCGUAUAAAAAUGCAUGGAAAAACUUUAAUCCAAAACAAUAUAUUUAAAACGCUAGCUAAAGGAGCGUUUAUUUCCAUAAGUACUGAAGACUCUGUUAUAAAGAUGAAAGGUCUUCAGAGAUUACAGUUUGAAAACAAUACUGUAGGGCAUUUUGAAAGUGGAUGUUUGCUGUUCAACAUGACAAGUUUUGAAGUUCAGUUGGACAAUGUUGUUCUAAAUCUUACAUGCUCCUGUACUCUGCUGGAGACAUGGGGCUCAGAACUCAGUUCUUAUUCACCACUGCAAGGGCAGCAGAACUCACCACCACAAAUGGAUGCAUCAGAUCGAUUCUGGUGUCAAGAAGACACAGCAGAGAAAAAUGGAAGACAUUACAUCAAAUUCAAAGAUUACAGCCAGCAAUGUAUACUGGUAUCUGGUCUCCAUAUGUUCAUAAUUAUCACUGUUACAUGUUCAUUGCUUCUGCUGGUACUUGUUCUAAUAGUAAUAUUCUUGUGGAAUAGAUAUCGUUCUCGCCACCAAAGACGGUGGAUCAGUGUUCCAGGAACUCCCAGUAACGAUAAGAAGACGAAAAAGAAUAAAGGCAACAAUGUAGAAAAGAUAAGUGCAAACGGACAAGAUUCAAGACUUACGGUGGUUGUACCUGAUGGCCGAACAUACAGAGAAACAGAACUGCAUGUGAUAGUUGAGCGAACAGAACCAAUUGUGGAACAUGAGUAUGUUGAUACAGCUAUUGAUGAACGUGCCAAGAAAAUCGUGCAAUAAAAGAUAACAUUCGUUUUCAGAGAGAAUUUAAUUGCCCGUAUUCCCAGUAUUGGAAGCCAUAGUUGGUUUAUCUAGUUUACAAAUGAAGUAUGAUGUGUGGAAUUCUAAUACAGUAUUUUGUAGAGCAGUCCUGGUAUGUAAUUAAAGAUCUAGUCUUGAAGCCAAUAAAUGCAAUGUCAGGCUAAUUCCCUAGAUAUUGCAGCAUAAUCUUUUAAGAUGCAAAAAUGCUGCUACUAUGUCCAGUUUAAAUUUUGACAGAAAUGCAGUUUCAUUCACGAAGGCUUAAGUUUAAGAAACCUGGGAGAAUAUGACACAAGAUUUACAAUUUUAACAUUUUCCUUAUCAUGUAGUUCAGCUUUCAGACCUCUUCAUGCAUGAUUUACAUUAGUUGCUUUGUUGGAGAAAAGCUCCAAGAGCCAAUAAAUUUAGCAGAAGAAGCUUUUCAGCAUUCAUGACUUUGUAAUCAGAUGAUAAUCCACCAAUAUUCUUACUGCCUGUUUUUAUUUAAUGGUGUUUUCUCAUCUGUACAGGUUAUGUAGCAUCCAGUAGAAUGUGACUGUAAGUGCUUAAGAUUCAAGAAUGCAGAAGGAACUAGUCCUGGCCUAAAAUAGGCUAUUUUCCUGGGGGAUCAAGGAAAACCACAAAUAAACUUCAGUCAGGACAACUGUUUUUACGCCAGGAGCCAAAUGCAUGACUGCCUUCAUAUAAAAGUGAUAACUGCUUAACUGUGAGGUUCAGUCAUACGUAAUGUUACCAAUUAAUGACAAUUAGUAUUUUUAGAGUACAGUCUUCUGGGUUAUAAUGCCAUUUAGUUUGGACAGAGCCCAACAUUUUGGAGGGUUAUAAUGCCUCCAUCUUCAAGGCUGAAUUGACAGGCCAUGCAGGAAAUCAGUAGGCAGCAAACAGCUCCUCCAAAUGUUGGGCUUUCCCUAUCUACAUGGUGUUACAACUAUACUCCUCAUGGUGACCACCAUGAGAACCUUUAAUACAACAUAGUAUUUUUAUCAUUACUCAUUAUGUAUUUAAUUUUUAAUAUGCUGUUACACAGUGUGGCAAAAACAAAACUAGGAAGGUUAUGUAACACGUCACAGAAAAGUUGUCAGUUAUAUGUAUUUUUUUAUGUCCGUGUAAGAAUGAUGUGAUAUAAGUAUAAAAUCAGUAACAACAAUAAGAAGAGUAGUUGAAACAUACCAACUGUGUAAGACAAUUCACUCUGCUGUAACUAUCUCUUAUAUAGUUCAGUGGUUUACUGUCUCCAUUUGUUUCUGGUAAGAGGCAUGCAGCAACCAAAGACUGAUUCUAAAAUCUAAACUUAUAAGUCACUAGAUAUACAAAAUAAUGAUAUAUGUCCACCAGUACAAAUAUGAAAGCAUGCAGCUAAUACUUCCAAAAUGCUUUUUAGAUCUCCAUAAACUUGGGCUACAUAAGAUUAACAGUCAGUUCAAUGAUCUGUUGCAACUCAUAUUAGAGAUAAAGAAAUCAUAAGCAGCAAAUCAAAUAAAGGUUUUUUAUUUGAAAACAGCUUAACUAGUUACAAAGAAUUAUAAAACUCAGUAACCUCAAGUGUAAUAUACCACCAUCAGGACCCUUUAGAAGAGAGUUAUAGAAUUCUACUUAUGUUCCCAAACAUUUGCAUUCACACAUUCCUUUUAGUGCCAACAUAUACUAUGGAACUGCAACACAAAACUAAAAACAACAUAGGAGAGACAAAGUUUUGCAUUUCUAUAUAUGCAGGAAGGGGGGGAUUCAAUCUAAGACCACUUUUGACGCACGUUUGAGUUACUGAGGUAGAAUUUCUGUUGCCUUUGUUGCAGACUUACUAUCUAAAAGAGCUGGAUUCCCUUGGUACAAUAAUAUUCUAAUAUCCUUGUUUUUUUGGUACUAUAUUUUGAAACUGCAGUUUCACACAGGCUUGUUGUGACAACACAGUUCACUGAAUCGUUUCAGAAUCAAAAGUCACAGCAAUCUGAAAUUAGUACUGCACUGGCAUGCAGCUGGUAAGCUGUCAUCUCGGGGACAUAAUUCACCACUAUAAAAUGUUGCAUGUCUGCAGCUAAAUAAUGUACCAGAAAACACUGCCAAAAAUCCUCACAUUACUUCUGUUGCAGAAUACAUAAAAUAUUAUUCCUUUGUGUGCUUCUAUAACGGAACCCUUACUAUAAAUGAGAAUAGCUGGCAUUCAAAUUUUUAUUUCUGCAAAAAAUUAGUUGUUACAAGUAGAGGGACAUUCACACUGAAAUAUAGAAUUAGGCAAAUAUAUCUGUAAAAUCCCUGAGAAUCAUUCAGAGAUGGCAGUUUGGAAAUCACUCAG